AAGGUGCAGAACCAUUCAAAUAUGCACGCAUAAUAUUUACGGCUUAUCUCAAUAAACCGUUGCGUUACACAAACAUUUGAGACAUGCUUUUUCGGAGUACUGCGAAGCAUAGCAAACCAUUGGUAUUUUGCUGACUCAAACAAAUUUUUGUCUCUUUUCCUCAUUUGCCAUACACGCAUUCCAAGAGUGAAAAAUAACCAGCCAUUGUCAAAGUUGAAAUUAACUGAGAAAAUAAAAUCGUCACGAAAAUAACAUUUGCACGUUGUGCUCCCAAUGUAUCAGAAUUUGCUCGACCACUGGCUUUAAACUGACACCAUAACACUUGUUUAUGCCAAUACACCGUGAACCUUACCAAUUCAUCAAACAAGACAGUUAUUAUAAAUUUAGUUGCACUUGACAGCUGGAGAGAUGUCAAUCAAACACUGUAAAUCACAAAAGCUACCGAUCAUCCAUUGAGUUCAAAACAACAUUUUUCGAUACAAAAAGUGAUUCCAAAUUUACCGCUAAUUUUGUUGAGUGUCAUAUAAACCGUUCAAAUGGAAAAAAUUGAACGAAUCGAAAUUGACUCUGAUUCCGACACAGAAAAAACCACGACAAUCGACAAAAAUCACAACAUUGACAAAAAGGUGCAAUGUGCGAUGGCAAUGGCUUCCACUUCGUGUCCCACAGUUCCAGAUUCACCGGGAAAUCGCAAUUCAUGUCUCGAUGUACCUGUGAAAAUGGAAUGUGAAACCAUCACAAUCUCCGAUUCAGAAGAAGACAGUCAAGAAGCCAACGUCGCCGAUAAUGAAAGCGAAAACAGUGCUGACGCAAAAAAUGACCAAAGCAUCGAACAAAACGAGAUCAAACAUGAACAAAAGAAAAGUGACCCGGAAAGCCAACAGAUUUCAAAACGUGUCUUGCGUUCUUCGCGACGGCCGAAUUUCAAAUCAUACAACGAAGAUGAGCUAAAUGCUUCCCGUGAUGAACCAGGGGCUUCCAAUGACUUCCCAAAGGGGCCCACCAAGCCAAAAUUUGUGGUAGAUGCGUCGCGAAUUCCGAAAAACAACGACCAAACCAUGUUCUACAGCAAUUUUUUGUACAAGUCAAUGUGCCUACUAUGUGGUUGCAGCGACAAAAAUCUAGCUGUUCAUUACGCACGGAAACAUCCAGAAACUGAAGUGUUCAUCGCCCGGCUGUCGCCAAAGAUGGCCACACGGAUUCGCAGCCGGCAAGAUUUUUGGGUCAGCAUCGAUGGUCAAAUUCAUGGUUUUUGCUUCUUCUGUGAAGAAUUGAAAAUAAUGAAAGAUGAAGAUUGGAAGAAGCACCUGGUGUGGCACACAGGGGAACAAAUGUACCAUUGCACUGGUUGCAAUGAGUCAGUGGUCCGCAAAAGUAACCACGGCCAAUGCUCCAAAGACACAGUGCGAAACAUUUUCGAAUCCGUUUCAUGCAAUGGUGAUCUCAUCGGCAGCAUCUGCAAUACUUGCAAUUACUUGCAAGUAUCCAAAGAAAGGCUCCAGAAGCAUAUUCAAGCCGAACACGAUUCAUAUGACGGUAGUUAUAUUGAACUAUUUUCCGAAGUCGUAUUGGUUAAAACUCCGACAGUUUGAAUGCUGUCCUCAAGACUCAUUAUUUCUGAAAAUUUUGUGAUCAUUUCUUUAUAAAUGAAGCUAAAGCGCUUAUAGUAGCCAAUAGUAUAUAAUCGCAGAACUGUCAAUUGUCUAUAUCGAUUUAAGUAGAUAAAAAUGUAAAAUAAGAAAAAUCAGAAUACUAGAAGAAAUGUUAAUGGAAGACAUGUCCAUAAUAUAAAAAUGGUAUAUCCAAUAAUGAGGAGCUAUUUUGACUACGUGUCGACUGAAAUUGUACUUUUUUGUUUUUGUAUUUGGUGUUCAUUUUCACCGUAAACGAGCCCAUCUUGAGUGUAUGGGUUGAACCGUACACUACACCAAAUGAAUGUAUGCAUAAAGUGUGAGCGAAAAUCAGACACCGCCAUUUCGAAUCAAAAAGUUUGUGGCAAACGUAUGACAUGAGCACCAAAACGAAAGAGACAAACAUAUCAUAAUGGCAGAUGGCAAUAUGAAACGCAAUUACCCAAUGUUGUAUGAUGAAAGAAAACACUGCUUUUGUUGAAUUUUUUUUUCAUUAUUUGAUUGAUAUUUUUAUUGCUACCUUUCAAAAAUUUUGUUCCUUAAAAUUACAAUGCUAUACCCAAAAAUGCAUUCUUAUAAUGAAUUCAUUUCAGUAAUCAUAUAUCGAUGGUGUUAAUGCUAUCGCUCUAAUAAUUACAUGUCCUAGAAAUGAUAAAUAUGUUUUAUUUUUUGUUUGUUUGUUCAUUGUUUAUUUUUUUUAAUCGUAUUAUUUAGUUUAUCGCAUCUGAUUUUUCAUGUUCAAGUCAAAAUAAAUGUGUUCAUCACACACGUAUCGAACAGGAAAAAAAAAUAAAGAAAA